UCUAGGAUCGAAGUAUCCAACUCGCCAGUUUGCUCACUUCGCUGUGCUGAUUGUGCUCCAACAUCGGUCCGACUUGCCACUUCGCCAAAUCGCCAGUUUCUUCUUCAAUCGCAGGAAAUAGAAAGUAUGAAGCGGCAUUCUUCAACAAUAUCAAAACAGUCUAAAGUUCCCAAAACAACUUCUCAUUCUCAGAAAGAGAUUGAAUCAUUGGAUACUAUUAAUGAUGUGCCAUCUUUUCAAUCAUCUGAGACGAUUGAAAGCAAUGUACAAUGUAACGAGGCAAGUGAAAAUUCAAAUGACAUAAUCGACUUGUGCGGGAUGACAGAAGAAGAGUACUUGGCAGCUUUGAAAGCCAACGAAAGGGCCGAUAUUUGGGUGCAUUUUAGCAGAAAGUUUGUGUCUGAUUGAAAGAAGACGAUGGUCACUACCCGGGAUGUUUUAAAACUGACAAAUCCAACAAAGAAGACAAAGGAAGGGAGGGGCCACCUUCUUGUGAUGAUUGGGAAAAAGCUGAGGUAUUUGCUCAUUAUUUAAGACCUUUUUAUGAAGUUACUUUAAAGGUUUGUUGUUCAAACACUCCAACAGUUUCAAAUCUUUUUGGGGAUUUAGUAAAAAUUGGAGGUGUCAUGAAAGAACCUGGAAGUACACUUCUAUCUUCUAUUGCGAUACCUAUGCAAGCUAAAUAUGAUAAGUAUUGGGGGGAUCUCACUAAGGUGAAUGAUUAUGUAUUGCUUGGAAUGGUUCUUGACCCGCGAUAUAAAUUUGAGAAACUUGGGGAUUAUUUGGAGUUAAUUUAUGGGGAGUCAGAUAAAAGGGUUGAAGACACCAUUACGGAGGUGAAGACGUUUUUGCUUUCUCUACUUAACUUGUAUGCAUCAGAUGGAUGUUCACCUUCUCAAAUGACUCAAACAACCACUACUAAUGGUUCUCAUAAGUUUCCAGUUUCACUCGAAGCAAAUUCUGUUUUACCAAUGACACAAGUUGAGAGGAAAUUGGCAGAAAAGGAGCAAAAGCGCAGAGCGGACAAAGCUGGUAUUGUAAGCAACGACGUGGAUAGGUAUAGUGCAGAUGCAAUUGAAGGGGAUGAUAAUUCAAGAGUACUCAUGUUGCUUUACAUCACGAGCCUACAAUUGAAGAGAUGGAAUUUUACGAAGAACUUGAGAAAGAAAUUUCAAAUGAAGGUGGACUUGAAGGGUCUAAAUUGCCUCCAAAGGUUACAAGAUAAACGAAGAAGGUUUAAUUUGGGAGAUUCAUUCUUGCAUCUCAAAGAUGUGCCUGCCAUUUUAAUUUGAGGAUAUAAGUGAUGCCUCCUACUUUAAAAAAAUAUUACAUGACUUGUUGAUAACUAGAACCUUUUUUGUGAACCAUUAUGAUGUUUUUGACUUGUUGUUAUGCAUUGUGAAUCUCUAUGCAGUUUUUGGGUUGAUACUUGCAGUUUUUGGACAAAUAUUUGCAGUUUUUUGAAUGGCACAUUUUUUGAUUGAUCCGUGCAGUUUGGGACUGGAAAUCACUGCUUUUAUCCCAGUUU